AAUCCAUCAAUUCUUGCUCAAAGCGCGGGGAGGGGUUACGUGCAUUGGAAUAGCUGAGAGAGACGGGAGGGCAGAAGAAAGGCAAGAGAGCAAAGAUGGAUGACCAGCCAGAGCCGCACUCGCUGGCUUCGACGUUUCCAAACCCGCCAGAUUUUUGGAAGGAAUUCACGCCAGACAAACUUGCAGAGCUCGCCGAGCUGAAGCUGGCUAGGGUGCCGCUGGACCACGGCGACGCAGGUAAUUGGCGGAUUCCAGACCUACCAGAGCAUCUAAGGCAUCUGCAGCCGCCGCCAGAACCGGCAGACGGACGAUGGCGAGUCUUUGGCGACCAGUACAUGCUCGACGACAAGCUCCCCACCCUUGAGGAACAGGGCAUUCAAAACCUGCCAGCAACCGCCUCGUCCGCCGCAAAGGACGUUAAGCACUACGACCGCGCCUUUGAGCUCAAGCGCCUCGUCAAGUCGCUGCUGCUCAACUUCCUCGAGCUCAACGGCGUCCUGGCGCGCAACCCGGCCGACGCCGAGGCCAAGAUCCUCGACAUCCGCACCCUCUUCAUCAACAUCCACCACAUCCUUAACGAGUACCGCCCGCACCAGGCGCGCGAGUCCGCCAUCGAGAUGAUGCAGGACCACCUCGACCGCACGCGCACCGAGACGGCCGCCAUCCGCACCCAGGUCGACAAGGCGCGCAAGGUGCUCGAGGGGCUGGGUAGCCUGGACCUGUCCGUCUUUCAGCAGCAGCAGCUGGACGGCGCGCAGAGCAUUCUGGACGCGUCGCCGUCAAAGGACCUGACGCUCGAGGACGUGCUCCAGGGCGAGAGGCGCGAGCGGGCCGCGGCCGCUUGGUGUAUGGCCGAUGCGUUGCUCAACUAG